AUGACCGGAUCCGAUAAAUGCAUCGUUCUUGAAGGAUUGUGCAACGUCGUUCGGAUGCUGCCUGCAGAGCAAGCGGUUUCCUACGCCAUUCUCUAUCUCGACUGGAUCAAGUCCUCCAUCCGGACGAUCUGCGAGAUGCACGCGGUGAACGGCGCGGCGGAAGAGCUCGUGACGGUGAUUCAUUUGAUGACGGUGGUGAUUCGGUACGUCGCUCGACCGAACAGCAGCACGACCGUCUCCUUCGUGAGCUAUUUCGAAGAGAACUGGGGUCUGUUCAGCGAGAUUCUUUCGGUGUUCGGGCAGAACGAAGACGUCGUAGAGGCGAUUUGCCGCUUCUUCAAAUACUUCAUGCGGCAAAACCAGUCACGAUUCACCUCGCUGCUUCAGUCGACGACGAAUUUGAUCCUCGAAGGCUUCCGACAGACGCACAUCAGCAGCUAUAUCUAUUGUGGCAGCGUGAUUGUCGGCGAAUACGGCUGCUAUGAGAGGUGGAAAUCGGAGAAACGCCUCAUUUCUAGCUGUCAGUCCAUCAUUCAUCAGAUUCUCACCGAAUUCUGCGACUCCACGUUGACGUUUCUGGCUUCUUCGCCUGAUGCCUACACUCAAAACCCGUUCAUUGUGGAGGAUUUGUACGAUUUGUGCGGUCGAUCUUUGCAGACGAUUCCUCAAGUGAUGUUCAGCGUGGAGGAUGUGAUUCUUCGCAUUACGCAGGCGGCCAUUGCAGGCAUUCAGCUGCAGCAUCGCGAAGCAAAUCGGAGCAUUCUGCGCUACUUGGACUGCUUGUUGAUGUUUGGGCGCGAGCAGAAGCCUGAAGAAGGAGAGAUUGUGUCGAAAGAAGGCAACUAUCGAGCGCAGAUUCUUCGGAUUCUUCAGGUUUGCGGGCAGGAUUUGAUGAAUCAGCUGAUUGCAGCGUUGAUUGGAGGACUUCCUGAAAGCCGUAUCAAAGAGCUGGGAGUGACGGUGGUGAGUGUUCUGGCGAGCUUUUAUGAUUCCUUCGAGGAUAUUUUUAUGAAUCUGCUGUCAACAAGCAUUGGAUCGAUUCCAGAAAAGCUCUUUUCGAGGCAGGAGAAGGAAGAGUUUUUGCAAGAAAUCUAUCAAAAGAAUUACAGUAUUGGUCGUUUUGAGAAGUCGAUGAUUCGGUUGUCCUCUAUUACACGGAGCCGAGCUCAGCAUGAGUAG